UCCACCCCCCAGUCACUUCCGUCCACGGCCAAGCCGGAAGCCUUCUGUGCGAGGAAAGUUCUCUGCGCGUGCGCUCUGGGGCUGCGGAGCCUGCUGGGUGAAGAUGGACGCUCACGAUCUCUUUCGCCGGCUUGGUGCAGGAGCCAAAUUCGACGUGAGACGCUUCUCGGCUGAUGCAGCCCGAUUCCAGGUAGGAAAAAGGAAAUAUGAUUUUGAUUCUUCAGAGGUCCUGCAGAGACUGGACUUUUUUGGAAAUAAGUCUGUCCCAGGUGAGUGUGGAACAUCAACUCAUCAGGAACUCCAAGAUGAAGAGAAAAAAGAAGAGAACCUAAUUAAAAGGAAGAGGGAGCAGAACAAGAAAAAGAGGAGGAAGAUGACUUCAGAAACUGCUUCUCAAGAAGGUUCUACUAUACAGUGGAUAUCAUCUGUGGAAGCAAAGAUUGAAGAUAAAAAAGCUAAAAGAGAAAAUAAACUAACUUCAGGGAAGUUGGAGAAUCUCAGAAAAGAAAAGAUAAACUUCAUCCGGAAUAAACACAAAAUUCACAUCCAAGGAACUGAUCUUCCUGACCCAAUUGCUACAUUUCAGCAACUUGACCAGGAAUAUAAAAUCAGUUCUCAACUACUUCAGAACAUUCUAGAUGCAGGGUUCCAGAUACCUACACCAAUCCAAAUGCAAGCCAUUCCAGUUAUGCUGCAUGGUCGAGAACUUCUGGCUUCUGCUCCUACUGGAUCGGGAAAGACUUUGGCUUUUAGCAUUCCCAUUUUAAUGCAGCUGAAACAACCCACAAAUAAAGGCUUCAGAGCCCUGAUUAUAUCACCAACACGAGAACUUGCCAGCCAGAUUCACCGAGAGUUAGUAAAAAUCUCUGAGGGAACAGGAUUCAGGAUACACAUGAUCCACAAAGCAGCAGUGGCAGCCAAGAAAUUUGGACCUCGGUCAUCUAAGAAGUUUGAUAUUCUUGUGACUACUCCAAAUCGACUAAUCUAUUUAUUAAAGCAAGAUCCGCCGGGAAUAGAUUUAACAAGUGUUGAAUGGCUCGUAGUAGAUGAAUCAGACAAACUGUUUGAAGACGGCAAAACUGGUUUCAGAGACCAGCUGGCUUCCAUUUUCCUGGCCUGCACUUCCCACAAGGUCAGAAGAGCUAUGUUCAGUGCAACUUUUGCAUAUGAUGUUGAGCAGUGGUGCAGACUCAACCUGGACAAUGUCAUUACUGUAUCCAUUGGAGCAAGGAAUUCUGCAGUAGAGACUGUAGAACAAGAGCUUCUCUUUGUUGGGACUGAGACUGGAAAACUUUUGGCCAUGAGAGAACUUGUUAAAAAGGGUUUCAGCCCACCUGUUCUUGUUUUUGUUCAGUCCAUUGAAAGGGCUAAAGAACUUUUUCAUGAGCUCAUAUAUGAAGGUAUUAAUGUGGAUGUUAUUCAUGCAGACAGAACACAGCAACAGAGAGAUAACACAGUCCACAGCUUCAGAGCAGGAAAAAUCUGGGUUCUUAUUUGUACAGCAUUGUUAGCCAGAGGGAUUGAUUUUAAAGGUGUGAACUUGGUGAUCAACUAUGACUUUCCAACCAGCUCAGUGGAAUAUAUUCACAGGAUAGGUCGAACUGGAAGAGCAGGGCAUAAAGGAAAAGCUGUUACAUUUUUCACAGAAGAUGAUAAACCAUUAUUAAGAAGCAUUGCCAACGUUAUACAGCAGGCCGGAUGUCCUGUACCAGAAUACAUAAAGGGUUUCCAAAAAUUACUAAGCAAACAAAAGAAAAAGAUGAUUAAGAAGCCCCUGGAAAGGGAGAGCAUUAGUACAACUCCAAAAUGUUUCUUAGAAAAAGCUAAACGGAAAAAGGUCACUAAUCAGAAAAGCAAGAAGAAAGUAGCUCUUGGUGACAAAAGUUAAAAACAGACGUUUUUAAAAGACUACAUCAGAAAUGUAAUUUUAUGAUCCCAGCAUGAAUGUUGUUUUCAUGGAAUACUUCAAGACUUAUAUCACCCAUACCGGAUAUUUGAAAUCAACUAUGAAAACAUAGGACUGCUGAAAAGUGAUCCUAAAUUACCAGUGCAUGAUGUCAGAUUUCAAUUUGUAGGUGACUUUAAGAUAAUUACACAGUGAAAAUAACAUUCAUUGAAAUUUCUGUGGUUUGAAUCCAGAGAGAUGCUUCUUAAAGAAGAACAAAAGCUUACACUAAAAAUAACAACACCCAAAUGUGGUGAAUUCUUAAGGAUUUUUACCUUCAAGUGUGAAGGAAGGUGUGACGUAUGCUGUGGAAAGGCUUCUGGAACCAAAUUUAAAGGAAAGGCUUGAGAUUAAAUGUCCCUUCCCACCAUCACCACCCUCCCCAGCAUUUUUUUUUGGAUGGACAAGAAGCAGCACACAUUAUCUACUAAGAAGAAACCUACUGCUCUCUUUUAUUUUACUACUUUUAAAUUUACUGAUGGCCUUUUGUGGUAUGAGCCACAACAAAAAGAUGCCUCUUCUGUGUCUGGUUACUCAGUUUCCCUAAGAUUUUAAAUUGUUUGGUCUAUUAAAUAUCCUUAAACCUCA